AUGGGCGAUGCACCGCUGUCGAAGGAGCGUCUGCUCGUGGUUUUCUACCAGCAGUUGCCCACAUCGCUGGUGGCGUACAUCCAAAGCAAGUUCCCCAAUGCCGAGGUCACCGUGUAUAGGCCGAUCAAGGACGUUCCAGUCCCAAGCGAUUUGUGGGACAAUGCGACUAUUCUGGUCACGUACACAACUCUCCCCGAUCUCAAAGACGCGAAGAACCUAAAGCUUAUCCACUUCCUUUCCGCUGGCCUGGAUCAUCUCGUGAACCACCCUGUUUUGAAGGAGAGCGAUAUACCCAUCACUACGAGCUCGGGCAUCCACGGUCCACCGAUCUCAGAAUGGACCGUGAUGAACUGGCUAGUCUCGUCGCGUUAUUACGUCAAAACGUACGAGGCACAGAAGGAGCAUAAAUGGAACGCGAAAGAGAGUUAUAUGCAGGGGAUGCACGACCAGGUCGGCAAGAAAGUUGGAAUCCUGGGAUAUGGAAGCAUCGGACGACAGAUUGCCCGUGUUUCGAGUGCAAUGGGCAUGACCGUCCAUGCCUAUACGGCCUCACCUCGCACAACUCCAGAGUCAAAGCAUGACACUGGCUAUAUCGUGCCCGGCACCGGUGACGCCGAUGGCUCGAUCCCUGCUUCCUGGCACCAUGGUGCGGACAGGGAAUCUGUCCGCUCUUUCUUGGCCAUUGGUCUCGAUCAUCUUGUCAUCUCUCUACCCCUAACUCCACAAACCACCCAUCUUCUCGGACCGGAGGAAUUCUCAAUCCUGUCAGACAACUGCAGCCACCCCGACAGCAAGCCUUACGUGACGAACAUUUCCCGGGGCAAGGUCAUUGACCAGGAUGCUUUGAUUGCGGCCUUGAAAUCGGGCCAGAUCGGUGGUGCUGCGCUGGAUGUGACUGACCCUGAGCCUCUGCCGCAGGAUCAUCCCUUGUGGGAUGCGCCGAAUGUCCAGAUCAGUCCUCAUAUCAGUGGUCUGGGCAAAGAGUACUUCCCACGAUCUAUGGAUAUCUUGGCCACGAAUUUGGAAAGAAUGAAGAAAGGAGAGCCUUUGAUUAAUUCUUAUAGACGAGGGAAGGCAUAUUGA